AAAGUGCUGAUGCCCCAGGCUCUAUCUCCAGAGAUUCUCACUAGAUUUGUUGGAAGAUUAGGCCUAGAGAUUUCAAUGUACAGCCUAGAGAUUUCAAUGUACAGCCAGGGUUGACAAACAUUUCCCUAGAACAGAGGUCUCAGCUUUGGCACAUAAUAUAACUACUUGAGGAACUUUAAAAAAAUACUGAUAACUGGGUCUGACCCUAGGAUUCUGAUUUAAUUGGUCUGGGAUGAGGUUAGGUAUCAGGAUUUUUAAAAGCCCCCAAGAGAAUCUAAUGUGCAGCCAAGUAUGAGAACCAGAGCUCUGGACCAACUAUUUCUUUUGGCAGAUGGGAAACCAAAGCUCAAAGCUAGGAAAGUAUUUGUCCAAGGUCCAUAGCAACGAAUGAAUGCAGAGUGUUCCUUCUCUUACACUAUAGGGCACAAAGCACUAGACUCCAUUAUUUGUAUCUCAGCUGUCCAGGUGACUUGCCCAAGGUAAAGGCAAGAACAUAGAAUGACCUGGUCCAGUGCUCUUUUAACCCCAUCCCAUUGUCAUAUAGAGGUUCUAGAAUGAACAGGUCAAUGCUGUGAUGUGGGUUCCAGGUGUAAAGGGGAGGGACUGUGAAGUGACAUUCUAGAAGGGUAGAGAGGGUGGGAUAGCAAGCAGAUGACUAUUCCCUCACAAACAGCGGCUUUGGGCAGUCAUGUCCUAUUUCACGUCUCUACAAACUCAUCCGGGUCUUCUGCCUUCCUGCCAAGGUGGGGCUGCUUCUCCAGGCUCGUCCCUUGGCCUCUAUAGUCCUGUAGAGCCAGUGGCGGUGGCUUCUGGUGGACUAGGCCCACUGAGCCAGAAAGCUGAGCAGGUGGCACCUGCUGCCCAGGCCUGGGGCCCAGCCCUGGCAGUGCCGGAAGCCAGGGGCUGCCCUGGGGGGGCUAGCUGGGAGACACUGCGGCAGAAGGAAUACAGCCGAUACUGCCAAAAAUUCCCCGUGAGGCAGCCAGAGAGCUUGGGCUGGGAGGAUGGCUGCUCCAGAAGCAGAGCUCCGCACCUGGGUGGCCCCAGCAGGCCUGGGCCCCUGCUGCUGUGUGGGCUGCCACCAGGGGUUCCACUGAUGUCCUCUGAGGCAGGGGGGAAGGAGGCCAGCUCCCAUCCUGACAUCUGCAUCCUUACCCUGGCCAUGAUGAUCGCCGGCAUCCCCACCGUGCCCGUCCCAGGCCUGCGGGAAGAGGACCUGAUCCGGGCGGCUCAAGCUUUCAUGAUGGCCCAUCCGGAGCCAGACGGGGCUGUGGAGGGGGCGCAGUGGGAGCAGGCACAUGCCCACACAGCCUCUGGGCAAAUGCCCCUAGUGAGUUCCAGGAGGGGCCAGCCUCCUGGCUCCUGCUUGUAGCUGGAUGAAAUAGCACCAGACACAGAGGGUGGCUUCUCCGUAUGGUUUUUGGGCAGACAGGGUUGGGGGUGCCUAUGGCAAAGAUGGGGAUUAGGGUGGUUGUUUGAGCCACUCUGAUGAACAUCAGUCCUUUAUUAGGGCCCAGACCCCAGGAAGUUUCUCCAGAUACCACUAAACCAGAAGACAGGUCUUAUCAGAGUAGUUAUAAUGGAAAUUCUAAGUAGGGGGCCCUGCUUGGAGAGGAGGGGCUUCAUUUGCAUUGAGACUUGAUCAAAAUUUCUUGUACAAAGUCCUAGGCAAUGUGAGUUCUCCUCUUGCCUUAACAUUUCUCAGCCUGCUGAGGGCAUGUGAUGGGGCCACAGGCAUGAAGGAAAAUUAACACUUAUUUGAGCACCUGGGUGUCAGGUGCAUUACAUGCCUACUCUCCUUGAAUCUUACCAGUGCUAUGAGGAUCUCUGUUUUUACAGAUAAACAAAGUGGGGCUUAGAGAGGUGACUUGCCUGAAGUCCCAUAGCUAGUAAAAGGCAGAACCAGGCCUCAAAAAUCAGGCAGAUAAAAACCAGGAUUUGCAUGUAGUGUCAGACCCCAAAGUCUAUUCUUUCUGUAAUAUUUCCUAAAGUGCCUUCCACAAGACAAAAAACUAGACAAGUGCUGGAGUAAGCAACAUUCAACUUUAAUGAGCUCAGGAUCGGGGUAAGAGGUAAAAAGGCUGAGAACCUGGCCGAACCACCUCCCGAGGGGCCUCUUCCUCUGUGGGUCAGGUGAGUCAUCUCAUGACCCGGGAAGCUGUUAUCCCAGACCUUGAUCUCUGCCCAUGUCUUAUGUCUCUUAUCUUAGAGCAGGGGUCAACUGUGUAUGUAAGGCCUUUGAACUAAGAAUGGUUUUUACCUUUUGAAAAGGUUAUAAAAAAAAAAAGAAAGAAUA